AUGACUCAGAUUCCACCAGCUGACACUAGCAACUCCUAUGGAAACCUGGAACACUGGAGGCCAAGGCAGCUGGCCAACGCCUCUUUGGCUAAUUUCACUUUUCCAUUUGGGUUUGGUCAAAGGGCUGACUCUGCCCUGAAUGGUGUCAUUAUUGUUGUCAUCUUCAUUGUUAUGGUAUCUCUGGGUUGCACAAUGGAGAUCUCCAAGAUCAUGGGUUAUCUCCGGAAACCCAAAGAAGUAGCUGUUGCUGUGGUGGCUCAGUAUGGAAUCAUGCCUCUGACAGCAUUCGCGCUGGGCAAACUCUUCCAACUGGAACCCACUGAGGCACUGGCUGUACUCAUCUGUGGCUGUUGCCCCGGUGGAAAUCUUUCCAACAUCCUGAGUCUGGCAGCAAAAGGAGACAUGAACCUCAGCAUUGUGAUGACAACCUGCUCGACACUCUUGGCACUUGGUCUGAUGCCUCUUCUCCUGUACCUCUAUGCUAAGGGAUUAUACCAGGAUACUCUACAGGACAAUGUGCCUUACAAAGGAAUUGUUAUCGCCCUGGUCAUGACACUUAUCCCCUGUGCCAUUGGGAUCUUCUUGAAUGAAAAGAAGCCUCAGUGUGCUCGCCGCUUUGUUAAAGCAGGUAUGGUUGUUCUGCUUGUGCUAUCUAUCCCAAUAAUUGUUCUGACUGUGGUCAGUUUUGGACGCAGUAUCUUGAUCAUCUUCUCUCCACGCUUGCUGGGGACAUCAGCUUUGAUGCCUGCUAUUGGCUUCUCCUUGGGCUAUAUCCUGUCUGCAUUCUUCAGCUUCAGUGAUCAGUGCAGGCGGACAGUCUGCCUUGAGACUGGUUGCCAGAAUGUACAGCUCUGUUUAACCAUCCUCAAGAUGGCCUUUGCAUCUGAAGUCAUUGGGCCACUCUUCAUCUUCCCUUCUCUGUACCUGAUUUUCCAGUUAGGAGAGGGCCUUCUCCUGGUUGUGAUCUUCAGGAGUUAUGAAAAGAUAAAAGAAACAAAUGAUUCAGCAAAAGUGAUCUACAGAAAUGUGGACAACACUGAAGUGGAAACCAGCCCCAAUCACUAG